UGGGAUGUGCCACUGUAUGCUGGGACGGGACGCGCGGUACCGUGCGGUGGAGGGGUGUAGGGGGGGUGACAACCGCAGCCCGGCGGGUUGCGGGGGCGGCUCGGGGCCGCCAGGCUGCGCUCUCGGGCCGGCCGCUGCGCCUGCCGCCCUCCCCGGGCUACCGGGGCUUGGGGCACGGCGGAGCCUUGCCGGGAGCGGGCGGUCCCGGGACGGCGGCGGCGGCACCAACACCGGCGGCACCUGCGGCUGCGGGGGAAAGGCAGGGCUCGGUGGGCCCGCUCUGCACCCCUCGCCCGGCCCGGCAUGACGCGGCGGCGCCCCGGCGGCGGCGGGAGGUGGGUACCGGUAGCCCUGGCCGUUCUCCUGGCCCUGCGAGGUCUGGUGUGUCCUCUGGAGGUGUCAGUCAGUUCAGGGAGUAUCCAGGUUGCCCGAGGCCAGACAGCAGUAUUGCCCUGCACCUUCACCACUAACGCUGCUCUCACUAACCUUAAUGUCAUCUGGAUGGUCAUUCCUCUUUCUAAUGCCAACCAGCCUCAACAGGUUAUUCUCUACCAAGGGGGUCAGAUCUUUGGUGGUGCACCCCAGUUCUAUGGGCGAGUGGGGUUUGCUGUGACAAUGCCAACCACCAGUGCCUCCAUCUUCAUCAACAACACUCAGCUAUCUGAUACUGGCACAUACCAAUGUUUGGUCAACAAUCUUCCCGAUCGAGGCGUCAGGAAUAUUGGAGUCAUUGGACUUACUGUCUUGGUUCCUCCUUCUGCUCCACUUUGCAGAAUCCAGGGGUCCCUGGAUGUGGGCAGCGAUAUCACACUGACCUGCAGCUCAGAAGAAGGCAUCCCCCGGCCAACAUACCUCUGGGAGAAACUGGACAAUGUUCCCAAGUUGCCCCCAACUGCCACACAAGACCAAGUCCAGGGCACUGUCACUCUCCGAAAUAUCAGCACUGUGUCCUCAGGUCUUUACCAAUGUGUGGCUUCAAAUGCCAUUGGAACCAGCACUUGCCUUCUGGACCUGCAAGUCAUUGCACCCCACCCUCGGAGCAUUGGCCUGAUUGCAGGAGCGGUGGCCACAGGUGCGGUCGUGCUUGUUGUUUGCAUUGUGUUGGUGGCCGUGGCACUGUUUUACUGGAAAAAUAAACACAAAGAAGAAGAAGAGGAGGAGAUUCCCAAUGAGAUAAGGGAGGAUGACCUGCCGCCCAAAUGCUCCUCUGCUGCAAAGACAUUCCAUGCCGACGCAUCCUCGUCAGAGAAUGACACCCUCACCUCAUCCAACACCUACAACAGCCGCUACUGGAACGACCCCAAAGCCAACCAUGCCACAGACUCCUUCACCCGCUUCAGCAACAGCAAUGAUGCCCAGCAGCCCCCUUUCUCCCGCUCGGGGAGCACGAGCACCCGCCCCAUCUAUGCCAACGGCGGCCACCCGUCCCCGGCUCCCCCUAAGACGCUGGUGGUGACGGCCAGCACGGCGCCGUCCCCUCAGGAGGUGAUCCGGAGCAACGGCUCAGUCAGCAGGAAGCAACGGCCGCCGCACACGCGCUCCUAUGCCGUCAGCCAGGCCACGCUGGAGCGGAUUGGGGCUGUCCCCGUCAUGGUGCCCGCACAGAGCCGGGCCGGCUCACUUGUGUAAGGCCAAGCUGGCAGCCAAGAGCUGAGCAAGGGGCCUUUUGCUGGGGAGAAGAGACCAUACUCCUUCCUGAAAGGCUGUGAGGUGGUGGAGGGACACACGCACGCCUCUCCCCCCUGCCCUCCCCUGCCGAGGCCGCUGCUGGACGGUGGGACAGCCCCAGCUAUGCCACAUCCCCCCUCAGCUGUCAGGGCUCCUUGUGCUGGUGGACACCACAGACGCGCCAAGGCCAGGGGAGCAGGGAGGUCGGGACGCACUCCUGGCUGCUGGUCUCCAGCUGGGACAUGUGCCUGGCGCUGACCUUGGCGGGGACUUUUACUUUUGUUUCCCGUUGGUUUUGUUGAGGGUCGAUUCCAUCCAUUUGGGUCUUUCAGGGAGGUUUUGGGAGAUAUAUAUAUAUAUUUUUUUUUUUUUUCUGUUGUUGUUGCUGUUUUAUUUCCAUGAGGAUGACAGCCUGCAUUGUGGCAGGGAGGGCUGAGCGGGGAGAGGUACUGAGGCAGGAUAUGCCUCAACAUGGUUGUCCCAGUCUUCUCCCCAAGGCCUUGACCCCACUGCCAGGUGAGGAGGGUGGUGGGCUGAGGUUGGGUAUGAGGAGACCCGGGCCGGGCUGGAGGGGUGAGAUGGAGGCACAGCAGCCAACCAGCCCAAGUGAGCAGCUGGGUGAGAACAUAGACCAGGGAGCGUUUGUCUUUUUUUUUUGCAAUUCUUCCCCUACCCCAACACGCACACACAGAUACACACAGGUCCUCGUCAGGCCGGGUGAUUUUCCUGCGCUAGCUCAGGGUGCGUGGAAUGUCUUUUCCUGAGGGACUCCAUGCAGGCGAGGGUGCCUCGCUGCUGCUGCUGCUGUAGGGCUCACUUUUUUAUUUUUUGGGUGUUUCUGGGGUUAUUCAGGAGGCAGAGAGGAGCAGCGUGGUGUGGCAGAGCAGCAUGCAGGUCCAGAGGUGUCUGCUGCCCCUGGGCUAAUCUGUUUUGGGGCAGGUGGCUUCAAACCCCACAACACUAGUGUUUGCAUGGUUGGUUGCCUUAUCGGGCUGUCCAGGUCUGGCUGGCAUGGCACAUGUUGUGCUUGAGGUCCAUCCAUGGAAGCAUCACAUUUUUCAUCCCUGCUUUCCCACACGCACAGAUUUCCCGGACGCUGAGGUUGACAGGAUUUGUUUCCAAACCGCUUUCCUUAGAGUGAAAUCAGGGGCUUAAUAGAGGGGGUGACCCUGUGAAAGCCCAUGUGCUAUGUCUCUGCCUCCUCUACUUCCCUUAACGUCCCAGGGCUGGGCACUGGUGGCAUCUGCCAGUGGUUCUGCCAUCUCCACACAGCCAGGGAGUUGGUUAUGGCUGGCACCUAUUAUUUUUCUAUUGCAACUGAAUAGCCUUAAUCAAAGCCAAGAGCUGAAACUGCUGAAGGAACCUGGUGCCAUUUGGAGGGCUGGAAUGAGGUCUGGGACCCUCCUAGAGAGCACAGGCUCAAGGGGUCCAUGGUUGGACGGGUGCCUUGGCCCUCCUGCAUAACACCAGCCCUGGCACAUGUAAAGGCAGUGAUCACCUCCAAAAGAACCAGAGCCCUCUCAGGUCUGCUCUUGGAAAAGCAAUGUGGGGAGUCACAGGUGACUUUCCGCAGCUCUUACAUUGGAAAAAGGGUCUGUUUAUUCCAACAGACUCUUCCUCAUCCCCACUUCCCUUGUCCCGGCACGGCUUUACUUUCCCUAGCAGUGUACAAACCUUGGGCAGGGACUUCUGCCUAAGCAGUACCUUUCAGAUGUAAGCACAGACUUUGAGGAAGAGGAGGGAGAGGUGAGGGCUGGGUUCCCACAUGGGCACACUGGUGUUUUGGGAGGUUGGGGGCUCUCAGGCAGCACUAAGUUUGAAGCUUGGCUCAGAUUUUGUGCCUUUUUUGAAAAAAAAAGGAAAAGGAAAAGGAAAAAGAGAAAGAGGGAAAAAAGAGAAAGAAAAUGAGAAAGAAAGAAAAAAAAAGACAAAGACGAAGAAGAAAAAGAAAAAGAAAAGGAAAAAGAAAAAGAAAAAGAAAAAGAAAAAGAAAAAGAAAAAGAAAAAGAAAAAGAAAAAGAAAAAGAAGAAAAGUCUAACCUCUCUUCUUCCCCCCUCUACACCACUCCAUCCAGAGUGGGUGCAAACCCCUGCCGUGGUGCAGAUAGGCAGCUGCUCUGUGCAUGUUUCACCAGAGCAGUCCUCUUUCCUGCCUGUCUACUCACUUUGCUGCUGGGUGGUAGGAUUGAUGGGGAAGAAGAGUGGUUUGGAAACCCUAAUGUGGGAGGAAAAAUGAAAACAAUCAAAGAAAAGCCCAGACACACUCACUCUGCUUUUGUAACAACCCUUGUGUGACAUUUACAGGAACACUGCCCUCAGCGGGUCCCCUCCUCUAUUGGGAAAGCUCUUCUGGUUCCUACCCUCCAUAAGACUGUUUGCUCCUCUUUCUUUGUUCUUUCUAAUUGUCUAAAAUUCAAUAAAACUGUUCAUAUAAAAAACAGGA